UACAGACUGGUGGAGGAGAUGUUAAUGAGGGAGAGAAACUCAGCCCACUGUCCAAACCCACUCAGGAGCUUCUAAACACUGCAGAGAUCAUGAUCAUCAGCCUGCUGAGUGUGAGCUACUGAGAGCCGGACAGAGGAAGAUCAGGUAAUCUUCAUUAACUCCUGAUGAAACACUGAUGAAAGCAGAAGCACACCUCGACAGGAAGGAGGAAAGAGAGGUUGUUGCAGAACAAUGAAGCUGCUGACCUGCAGGAUUAGAUUCCUAAUCCUUACCUUGUGGUGGAUCAGUCUGCUCUUCCUCUCAGAACAGCAGGUCCACGUGGGUGAAACACUGGAGCCGUGUAAUGGCAGAGACUGCUCUGUGUGCAGAUGCCACCCGGCCAAAGGAGCUCAGGGAAAUCCAGGUAAGCUGGGUGCACAGGGUCCUCAGGGUGAGUCAGGACCUCGGGGUCCACCGGGACGUCCAGGAGAGAAAGGAAGACAAGGAGUUCAGGGAGACCCGGGGGUAGAGGGGUAUCCAGGAGACAGGGGUCGUACCGGUACCCCAGGUUUUCCUGGAAUAGACGGCGUUAAUGGACACCCUGGUGCAGGAGGUCUUCCUGGUCCUGCAGGUCCGGAUGGCUGUAAUGGGUCUCGGGGGGAUCCAGGCCCUCCUGGGCAGCCUGGGUAUUGGGGAGUACCUGGAUUAAACGGAGCUCCAGGUCCCAAAGGCUUUAAGGGGGAGCCAACAGUGGUGUCCAUUGCAGGAUUACCGGGAAACCCUGGCCUGCCCGGUCCUCACGGCCCACCUGGAUUACCUGGCAUUGACGGGCUUCCUGGUGCUAAGGGUCAACCUGGUCCAGCUGGAUUUAUUGGUCCUGCUGGUGAUCCAGGGCCACAGGGACCCCCGGGUGAUGGUGGGAGAUCACUUCCAGGUCCUAAAGGAAAUGAGGGAGAACCUGGGUUGCCAGGUCCUCCUGGACCAGAAGAAGUGGUGAACCCUCCUGUGGACAAUCUCAUUAAAGGAGCGAAGGGGGAGAAGGGGGAUACAGGAGUCUGUGGACCAGAUGGACCAGAUGGAAAUUCGGGAGCCCCUGGUCUGAAAGGAGAGAAGGGAAUUCUGGGAAUGCCUGGCUCUCGGGGUUUACCAGGUAUUGAUGGCCUUCCUGGACUUCAAGGUUCACAGGGAGCUCAUGGAGACCCGGGAGCACCUGGUCAUCGUGGUCGUCCCGGUCUGAAGGGUGAAAUAGGUGAUCCCGGUUUGAGGGGUCCUCCAGGUGAUCAUCUCAACAUGCCACCAGGUUAUCCAGGUGACCCAGGACCACGUGGACCACCAGGACCCCCAGGGGAUUAUGGACUGAUGGGAGAUCCAGGACCAUCUGGACAGAGAGGACAGACCCUCCCGGGUCCUCCAGGUCCUCCUGGACUGCCGGGUCCUGAGGGACCCAGAGGUUAUAAGGGAGACCCUGGUUUGCUGAACGUUGUUGAAUCAGAUCCUGGACUUGCUGGGUCUCCUGGAUCAGCUGGUUUUCCAGGGAUCAAAGGAGUCAGAGGACCACCUGGCCAAUCAGGCUUUUGCAACCCUGGACUUCCAGGGCUGCCUGGAGAUAAAGGGGAGAGUGGAUUUCCUGGAGGAAGUGGAUAUAAGGGGCAGAAAGGCUGUCCUGGAGAUAAUGUUUGCAGCCCUGAUGGAUCAGAUGCGCUCGGCAUUCCUGGACCACCUGGACCCCCAGGAUUUAAUGGCUUUCCUGGAGCAAAAGGGCCAAGUGGUGAACAGGGGCCUCAAGGACACCCAGGUCCAGCUGGCCCCCAUGGACCCCCAGGUCUGCCUGGUCCUCAGGGAUUUAAGGGCCACAAAGGAGACCCUUAUUAUUCAACAAUAGGAGGCAUAAAAGGAGAUCGGGGUGAUCCAGGGUUUACCGGACCACAAGGUGUCAGCGGGCAACCAGGGCUUCCAGGACAGCAUGGUUUGAUUGGAGACCCAGGAGCACCAGGUGAUGGUUAUCCUGGUUCCAAAGGAUACAAAGGACAUCCUGGACAUCCUGGGCCUAAAGGAUACCCAGGACCUGCAGGACUUCCAGGUAUAGGUGUUCCUGGUCCAAGCGGACCACCAGGACUACCAGGAGACCAGGGCCCAGAAGGUCCACCUGGAUUUAUUGGGCAUCCAGGACCACCAGGGGAAGUUCUUCCAUGCGUUCCUGGUGUCCCCAGCCGACCAGGACCACCAGGUGAAACUGGCAGUCCAGGACUGUCUGGACCACCAGGACCACCAGGAUAUCAAGGCCCUCCUGGUCCACAUGGUCCAAAAGGUGAAAGAGGAGAUGAUGCAGACAGUGGAGGGCAUGGACCUCCAGGUCCUCCAGGAAUUCCUGGAGAUCCAGGAGAUCAAGGACCCCCUGGACGCAGCUACAGUGGUGCAGCAGGAGUACCAGGACCACCAGGACCUCCAGGGGCAAAGGGACCUCCAGGGGAUUCUCUCAGAGGUAGACCGGGAUUACCUGGAAGAGGAUUCCCUGGACGCCCAGGUGAAAAGGGAAGUCUAGGUCCUCCAGGCCCUAAUGGAUUACAAGGACAACCUGGUCGUACUGGAGGUGAAGGAUGCAGUGGGCGAAAAGGAGACGCUGGGGACCCAGGCCCACCUGGACCACCAGGAACUAGUCCAGGCCUCCCUGGAUUCCCAGGACUUCCAGGACUGCCAGGACAGCAUGGCAUUCAAGGUGUGAAAGGAGAUCAGGGACUACCUGGGUUUCCUGGACUUGGACUGAAGGGACCUCCUGGCUCACCUGGACGACCUGGUCCCCCUGGUGAAGCUGGAUUUCCUGGUCUGAAAGGAAUGCCUGGAGAACAAGGGCUGCCUGGGCUUUCUGGAAUUAAAGGAAUCAGAGGACGUCCAGGGAUUCCCGGAUUAAUAGGUCUACCUGGACACCAAGGUCCUCCAGGGCCACCAGGUUUACCAGGGGUGAGAGGUGACGAGGGUUACAAAGGUGCGACAGGGGACGAGGGCCAGAAAGGAUCGAAAGGUAUCGAUGGGAUUCCAGGACCUCCAGGUCUUUUAACUCCUUUAAAAGGAAUGAGGGGAUUACCUGGAUCCAAUGGAAGACCAGGAUUCACGGGACCGAGAGGAUAUAAAGGUGUUCCAGGCUCACCAGGUAAGCAUGGUGUGAAUGGAGUGGAUGGUGGCCCUGGUUUUCAGAAAGGCUAUCCUGGCUUACCUGGAAGAAGUGGCCCUCAGGGGCCACCAGGGCCACCUGGACCUAAAGGAUAUCCAGGAGUUAUGGGAUUCCCAGGGACAUUUGGAGAUCAGGGUGAUCCAGGUCUUCCUGGACUGAAUGGAGCUCCAGGUAACCAGGGAUUUCCAGGAAUUAAAGGUGACCAAGGAGACUCCGUAGGAAUUCCAGGUCCACAAGGACCAAAAGGGGUUCAGGGUGACAACGGACCAAAAGCUGAGAAAGGAGCUGUUGGGGACCCAGGAGACCAUGGACCCCAAGGCCCAAGGGGACUUCCUGGUCCACCUGGAUCUCCUGGACCAUCAGGUCCACCUGGUCGUCAAGGAACUACAGGUCUUCCAGGUUUUUCGCGGUUUGGUCUUCCUGGUCCUCCAGGUUCUCCGGGAUCUCCAGGUCUUAAAGGUUAUCCAGGACUGCCAGGUCAGAAAGGAUACACAGGACCUCCAGGACUGGACGGUCUGAAUGGUCUUCCUGGUAAUAAAGGAGAAAGAGGCGCGACAGGUUCUGGUCUUCCAGGACCUCCAGGGAUAACAGGUGAUCCUGGAGACCAGGGACUACCUGGUUCCCCCGGAGUUCCAGGAAUCUCCCAUCUAGGACAGAAAGGCUUUACAGGCCCACCUGGAGACCCAGGUCCCCCUGGUACCUUUGGUCCUCCCGGCCUUCCAGGUAGAAACUGUGAACGACCAAUUCCAGGACUCACCGGCGAUCCAGGACCAAAUGGACUUUACGGACCUCCAGGUCCACCAGGAGAAAUCGGACCUCCAGGUCCAGUUUUCCCUGUUUCAGGAGACCCUGGAGAUGUGGGACUACCAGGCCACAGAGGACCAAAGGGCUUGAGAGGUACAGAUGGGCCCCCAGGGCGCCCUGGGUACGAUGGACCACCAGGACCCAAAGGGAUUCCAGGAUCACCUGGUCUGAUUGGCCCUCAGGGACCAGCAGGUCUUAUGGGCAGACCUGGUCUCCCAGGGUUGAAGGGAGAUAAAGGGAUCAUUGGGAACAUGGGUUUCAAAGGUCAACCUGGUGAAGUUAUAAGAGCCCCUCCACCGUACAGAGUGGGACCACAAGGAAAGCCUGGACCACCUGGACCACCAGGGAGCUCAGGAAUACCAGGACUUUCAGGAAACCCCGGACCCAUAGGGCUAAAAGGUCUGAGGGGGAACCGUGGUCCAACUGGGCAUGAAGGUAAUCCAGGGCAUGCAGGUCUUCGUGGAGAUGCUGGAGAUGUUGGACCACAAGGAUUCAUUGGACCACAAGGUCUACCAGGUCCUCAGGGAGACCCUGGAUUCCCAGCUCCAGGAGUAACGGUGAACUCCGGGUUUCUCCUGGUGAUCCACAGUCAGUCUGAGGUGAUACCCGAGUGUCCGGUGGGCAUGCCUCUGCUCUGGAGUGGGUACAGUCUUCUUUAUCUGGAGGGUCAGGAGAGGGCGUACACACAAGACUUGGGCCAAGCCGGCUCAUGUCUGAAGAUCUUCAGCACCAUGCCCUUCUCCUACUGUAACUCCGCCUCCUGUAAAUACGCCAGCCGCAACGACAAAUCCUAUUGGCUGACCACUAACAGACCCGUGCCCAUGAUGCCGGUGGCGGGUGGAGAGAUCCACCAGUACAUCAGCCGCUGUGUGGUUUGUGAGGCUCCGGGUCCGGCGGUGGCGCUCCAUAGCCAGGACUCCAGCGUGCCUAGCUGCCCCUCCGGCUGGCAAGGUCUGUGGAUUGGCUACUCGUUCCUCAUGCACACCGGCUCAGGUGAUGAAGGUGGGGGUCAGUCUCUGACCUCUCCUGGAAGCUGCCUGAAGGACUUCAGGACGCAGCCCUUCGUGGAGUGCCAGGGCCCGCGUGGCACGUGCCACUACUUUGCCAACAUCUACAGCUUUUGGUUGACCCGCGUUAGCUACCCGGAGGAGCUCGGCGAGGCGCCGCCGACGCAAACGCUGAAGGCUGCGGAUCAGCAGCGCGACCGUACCAGCCGCUGCCACGUCUGCAUGAAGCGGUGACGCUGAACUGGGAGCAGUUUGUGAUUUUAUGGAGUAAAAAUAAGUAAAAAUGUACAUGUGAUUUAUAUGGUGCUGACAUAGUGUGAAUUAGUGCUAAAGAAUGGUAGCGUGAGUACACCUGUUAUUUGUUAUUGAAUUGCUUAUAAUCACUGUGAAUUUAUGUGUACUAAUUUGUGACUAGCAUAUAUUUUGAUACUUAAAAAAAUAAAUACUUAUUUUUAAAUACA